AUGGCUCCCACGCAAAAAAUUAAGCUCGACGCCCUCGACCACAUAGCUGCUUGGAAUAUUCCACAGAGCGUGAUCUACCUGAGCUUGAAGCAGGGUGUCACGGUACAGGAUGCUUUUCGACGUCUACAAGAAGGUCUACGUCGAACCUUUGUUCAAAUACCAUGGCUCAAUGGUCGCGUUCACUGGCAGAGCGAGGAUACUAGUGAGUGGCGUCCCGGCCAAUUGGAGAUCCGUUUUGAGGCCCUUUCCUCCAAAGAACCACCACACCAACUGCACUUCAAUCAGCUGGAAACUGACCUGGAACUCUCUGAUCUUAGAGAUCUGGGGUUUCCGCUGGAUAAGUUCGAAGAAAAUGACUUGUUAUGGACGACACCAUUCCAGCCCGAUUUCGAGAACGGGGCUGAUGUCUUGGUUGCCCAGGCCAACUUCUUGCCAGGGGGUUGCGCUUUGGCUCUCUCAGUUGCGAGCCCAGCCUCAGACGGCACCGCGAUGCUCUCUGUGACUCAAGUUUGGGCUCACCAUUGCAACUCUUUGAUAGCAAAUGCAGAAAUGGAGAAUAUUGUUCGAAACCACGGUGGCCUGGGCGCGGGUUUCGAACGGGUAGCACUGAGAAAUGCAUGCAAAGAGGACAGGCGAGGUACGGUUUCAAGCCUUUUGACAGAAGAUAUAUGUCGUCUCGUGGGCCUCGAUUCCGAACACGCGUUUGUCGAAGAGACUUCCACCACCCCUGAUGCCUCUCCUGGUGUGCUGAAAGCGAUGAGGCCUAGGUUGUUCUAUAUGUCGCAAGGGGCAUAUACGGCUCUGCGCAAAGACUGCAUUGCUGAACUCGGUCCUACAGAAGUUACUGGUAACGAUCUCAUCUGUGCGUUGAUCUGGAGAAGUAUUGUCAGAGCUUGGAUGGCAACUCAGGACGCGCAGCAAAACACCAACAAGCUUCAUUCAGCAAUGUCAGAGGUCAGCAUCCCCUUCGAUGCGCGGCCGCAGCUCCAAGGUCUACUGCCAGCCGGCUAUCUUGGUAAUGUCAACUUUGAAAACAGACUUGCCCUCUCCUCCGGCAGUAUUGUCGCUAAGGAUACAAGUAUACCCCAUCUCGCGAGUACGAUACGGACACGUGCGGCAAAUUUUACAGAUUCCGACAGCCUGUUGGAUGCAUAUAGACUACUUGAUUCAGUCUCAGAUUAUACAAGGCUACCGCAACUCCGAGCAGCUCGCAUGAAAUCGCCUUCAGUGGGCAUCCUGGCUCCAACAACUCUUCCCUUUAAUGAAACCUGCUUUGGAACCCAGACAUUUGGCGCUGGUGGUCGGCCGGAAGCCUUUCGGCCCCUUAUGGGGGAUUGCAACAGUGCUUUCCGUACGUGUUUCGUGAUACCUCGAAAGACUUAUGGCGGAAUAGAGUUCGUGAUGACUUUAUCAGACAAAGAGGCGGAUUUCCUCGACAAGGACGCAGAGUUUACGAAGUAUAGUUUACGCAUGGCUUGA